UUCAGGAAACCUGCAGAGACACUGUUUUUACUGGAAGAAAAUGGCCACAAGUGAUUACUACAUGGACAAUACAACCUUUGACUACACUGACAAAAACGACAGUGAUGAAUGCGACCAAACGAGCGUGAUUCACUUUGGAGCGACCUUCACUCCCUUGUUUUUCUCCAUUGUGAUAAUCCUCAGUCUGUUUGGCAACAUCCUAGUUCUUGUUACUCUGUUCAAGUAUGAGAAUCUGAAAUCCCUCACCAACACUUUCAUCCUGAACCUGGCUGUAUCGGAUCUCUUCUUCACCGCGGGGCUGCCCUUCUGGGCCAACUACCACAUGCUUGGUAUCUGGAAUCUGGGACAGCCCGUCUGCGUAAUGAUAAACUUCAUUUUCUACGUUGGCUUCUACAGCAGUGGUUUCCUCCUCAUCCUCAUGACAAUCCAUCGCUACGUAGCUGUGAUGAAUCCUCUGUCCGACAUCGUGUCCGCCUCAGGUCUCUCCAGCGUCGUAGCGACUGUGAUUAUUUGGGUUGUUAGCAUCCUGGCAGGCAGUCCAGCCUUCUACUUUAUUAAAGCAGACGAGUCAUACUGUGGAUUUGACAGUAAGCAAGGACGAAUCUGGGGAACCUACCAACAAAACCUGCUUUUCAUCAUGAUUUCAGUGGUGUUCGUUUUCUGCUACUCUCAGAUCCUGUUCAGGUUGCUGCACCCCUCAGCCCAAAGGAGAAGGAACAAAACUGUCAAGCUCAUUUUCACUCUCAUGAUUGUCUUCUUUGUAGGGUGGGGACCAUACAACGUGGUGAUAUUUCUCAAAUCGUUGUCUUUGGUGUCCCAGCAGCCCUUGGAAUCCACGUCGAUAUCAGAACUCUGCCAAACUGAAACCAAUUUGAAUUACGCCUUCUACGUCAGCCGGCUCCUCGCCUUCUCCCACUGCUGCCUGAACCCGGUGUUUUAUGUGUUCAUGGGCGUGAAAUUUAAAACCCAUCUGAAGAAGAUGCUGAGAAGCUGGGGAAGCAACCACAGCGGCAACAUCCGCAGCAGGUCGAACCGACUCACAAUCACAUCUCAAAUGAGCGGUGAAGAUUUCUCUAUGUAG